AUGCCUGACAGACAGGACACCGAUGUAUCUGUCAUAUAUCAUACUCCAGCCAAGCUGUCAGAUCCAGAUAGAGAGACUCUCAGAAUACUCUACAGAGACCUGAGCUCACAGCCCAUGCUGGAACGGGCAUCGCACACUGAUGUCACAAGCAAACCAGCAUCAAAGUGUUGGCUGUCUUGGUUUGGAAACAGCAUUGUGAUUUUCGUCCUGUAUAAACAAAGACAUCUUCUGCAGCCGACCGACUACCUCACAUUUAACUUGGCAGUAUCAGAUGCUAGUAUCUCCGUGUUUGGUUAUUCACGGGGGAUCAUUGAAAUCUUCAAUGUCUUCAGAGAUGAUGGAUUCAUUAUCACAUCAAUAUGGACCUGCCAGGUUGAUGGCUUCCUGACACUUCUCUUUGGCCUGGCUAGCAUUAACACCCUUACAGUAAUCAGUGUGACUCGCUACAUCAAGGGCUGCCAUCCUGAGAGAGGUCACUGCAUCAGCAACAGCAGUAUGACAGUGGCGCUGGUUCUCAUUUGGAUAGCAGCUUUCUUCUGGUCAGCAGCUCCAUUACUUGGCUGGGGCAGUUAUACAGAUCGCAUGUAUGGCACGUGUGAGAUAGACUGGGCAAAAGCCAACUUCUCUACAAUCUACAAGUCCUACAUUGUCUCCAUUUUUAUCUGUUGUUUUUUCCUACCUGUGUCAGUCAUGGUCUUCUCAUAUGUGUCAAUUAUCAAUACUGUCAAGCUAAGCCAUGCGUUAACAGGACUGGGGGAUCCCACAGACAGACAGAGGAGAAUGGAGCGGGACGUCACCAGGGUUUCCAUUGUCAUUUGCACAGCCUUCAUUAUUGCGUGGUCACCAUAUGCUGUCAUCUCUAUAUGGUCUGCCUUUGGUCACCCUGUACCCAAUCUUACCAGCAUCCUUGCCAGUUUGUUUGCUAAGUCUGCCAGCUUCUACAAUCCCAUUAUCUACUUUGGAAUGAGCUCCAAAUUUCGGAGGGACAUUUUCAUCUUGUUCCAUUGUGCCAAGGAAGUCAAGGACCCUGUGAAGCUCAAACGUUUCAAAAACCUCAAGCAAAAACAACAGGAGCCUUCUCAGAAAGAAGAGAAGUAUGCAGGAGAAACGCACCCUGCACCAAGCCCUGAUUCUGGGGUGGGAAGUCCAACCAAUACCCCACCUCCAGCAAACAAGGAAGUGUGUUUUGGUAUUCUUGAUACACCGUCUAAUAACCCUGAUAUUGAAUGUGAUAGACUGUAAGUUUUGUGGCCACUUAACACACGCACCCGCUUUGUGUUCAGGAAGACUCUCUUCAGAUCAGUGCUUGGGUGAUUUCCUAAUUCCCAGUCCAUCUGUUUCUUGCUAUAGCAGUGAUGACUAUACAGCUCAAGCAAAUCAGAUGGUAAAGUGAUAUUUUCCUUCUAUGUAGGUACAAAAAGCUAUGAAGCACAUUACAUUGUGGGCAGCACAGCCAGUGCCAGAAACAUUUGAUUUUCACAUGAAUGCAGGAAACGAAAGACAGACUUGUGAAGAGCAGGCAUUAGCUAACAAAAAUAACUAAUAUGUUCCUAACCAAUUUUUAUUAAUUAGGAGAUUAAAUUUCAAAAUACAUUUUUUGCUCUUCAGCACUCCCAGCCGCAGAGGAUCAUUUUUGCUCCGUGGUGCUAUAGGAGAAGGUGGGCCCUGCUGAGACAGCCGUGAAGCUGCUGCAGCUCCAGCAGCCAGGAGUCGGUAGGCAAAACUUUGUGCUCCCCAAGGGGUGCCCACCACCUGAGCCCUGUGCCUGCAUGGGUGUGUGUCUGAUUGCCUGUGCCUGACUCUGCCUGUGUCUAUGCAGGUGCUAGGAGUUGUAGAUCCUGGCAUUUGCUAGUUGCUGUCAUCUGAACAGUGGCUUCAUACUUGUCCUUGUUGGUCAGCAGAAUUAUUUCCACCUUCCCCAAAAUUCCCAGUGAGCCAGGCCUGGCUGUAGCAUUCAGAUUCAGGAAAGCUUGCCUUUAAUUUUUCUGAUCUGUCUCCAAAGUGGUUGUUCUUCUACUGACUAUUAAUGUGGAGCAAGAGAUGUUGUACGGGCAAAGAAACCAAAAAUUACACUUAGGUUUUGAGAGUAUUGAUGAAGUGUGGCAUCAGAGCUAUUUACAAAAUAAUCCAACACUUCACUGCUGCUUCUAAAGAAAGUUUUUGUACCUGCCUAUGGGUAAAAAAUGACUUUUAGGUAAAUGUAACUAAGUAGCAAUUAAGGAUAGUGAUUUCAAUAGCUAGACUGUAGACUUAAAUGAGUAGCAAGUCUAUCAGAUAUUACAAUAUCCAGUUAUUCCACCAAGUUUAUUUUACAGAUUGAAAGUGAGGAGAUAUAUCUUCAUAAUUCCCCAUCUUGGACAUUAACUACCUACCCAGAGACUUCUGCACAAAUGUCUCUGUAUUAGCUGUGGAAAUUGUGGGUUCAUUUAGUGCCGUUUACAAAUUAAACAAGGGCGAAAAAAAAAAAAGAAGAAAAAAAACCCCAACAGCAAUGGUUGCUAACCUCACUGCUACUUAUGACUUUUUGCAAUCUCACUGUCUGGGUUUGCUAAAAUGUAGUUGUUUUGCAAAAGUAUACUUU